CAGAAGAAAAAGAACGCUGUUCCUGUCACACCUUAUUCUCCGCUUCGUUCGCAGCUGAAUCACUGCAGUCCAACAACUUAGCCUUUUUCGGUCUUUGUUCACCAAAAUGAGGGAAAUCGUGCACCUUCAGGCUGGCCAGUGUGGAAACCAAAUUGGAUCCAAGUUUUGGGAAGUCAUUAGCGACGAGCAUGGCAUCGACCCAACCGGGUCUUACCAUGGGGACAGCGACCUGCAGCUGGAUCGCAUCAACGUGUAUUACAACGAGGCUUCAGGCGGAAAGUAUGUCCCCCGGGCAGUGCUGGUGGACUUGGAGCCCGGCACCAUGGACUCAGUGAGGUCCGGUCCCUUUGGCCAGAUUUUUAGACCAGACAACUUUGUCUUUGGCCAGAGCGGAGCUGGUAAUAACUGGGCUAAAGGUCACUACACUGAGGGAGCCGAGCUGGUGGACUCAGUCCUGGAUGUGGUGAGGAAGGAGGCGGAGGGAUGCGACUGCCUGCAGGGCUUCCAGCUCACACACUCCCUGGGUGGAGGGACUGGCUCGGGCAUGGGCACGCUGCUCAUCAGCAAAAUCAGAGAGGAGUAUCCAGACCGCAUCAUGAACACUUUCAGCGUGGUGCCUUCGCCUAAGGUUUCAGACACAGUGGUGGAGCCAUACAACGCCACCCUCUCGGUCCACCAGCUGGUGGAGAACACAGAUGAGACCUUCUGCAUUGAUAAUGAGGCGCUGUAUGACAUCUGUUUCCGCAUUGAAUUCGGGGUGUCGUCAAUGGCGCUCUAUGACGUGCUCGGGGAUUUAUCAUACGGAGAGCACUCCACUGUGGUGAUCUACACACAGGGACUCGUCGCGAAGGGCCGGUCGGUUGACGACUUAGACUCCCUUUGA